GUAGAGAUUUACUGCUGGGACGCGAUUGAGUGUACGCCAUUCAUUAUUCGUGAACGCCAUUCACUUUCAAAAACAGAGUCAUUAGCUCAAACUUUGUACUUCGCGGCUCCAACAAAUCAACGAAAAUAAACAAACAAACAGAAAAAUGGUACCGAAUACAAAAGUUUUCGUGGGCAGUCUGCCUCCAUCAGUAAAACCAGAAGACUUGAGAAGGCUUUUCGAGAAUUUCGGAGUCGUUACCGAAUGUGACAUUAUGAAUCGGUGUGGUUUUGUGCAUAUGGAAAAUGCCGAGAUGGCAGAAAAUGCGAUUCGUUCGUUGAACAACACAAAUUUCAAAGGGAUCACCAUCAGCGUUGAACCUGGCCGCAUGAAAGAACGUGGCGGUGGGAAAGGUCGUCCGAUUGGAGGAAAUCGUGGAGGAAACGCUGGUGGUGGAGGUGGUGGCUUUGGAAGAGGUGGAAUGCGAUCGGGUCCGCGUGAUAAUUUUAUGAGAAGUGGACCGAAUGGACCAAGGAACAAUAACGGAGGCGGAGCCGGUGGACCGACUCGACGUGAUAAUAGAGGAGGCCAACGAAGCGGACCGUAUAACCGAAAUGGAGGAAAUAUGGGUAACGGCGGUGGAUUUAAUCAACGUAACAACGGCGGCAAUGGCCAGUUCGGUGGAAACAAAGGUGGUUUCGGUGGACAAGAUCGUUUCGAUAACAACGGCCCGAUGGGUGGAAUGAAUGACAUGGGCGGCGGUGGCAAUCGUCGAUUCAACAAUAACGGAGGUGGCAAUUUCAACCAAGAUCGUCGCGGAUUUGUAUUACCAGACAGACAAGGAUUCUCCAAUGACAACAAUUUCAAUGGAAUGGGAGGCGGCGGUGGACGAAACGGAAAUGGAGGUGGAUUCAAUCGGGGAAAUUUUGGUGGCAAUCAAUUCGGUAGUGGAAAUGACAUGUUCAAUCGAAGGGACCAAAUGGGCGGACAACGAGGCGGUGGUGUAGGAAACGGUGGAUUCAAUCAAGAUUUCCCUCCAUUAUCCGGUAUGGUUGGUGGAGGCGGCGGUGGAAUGAGAAAUGGACCACCUCAACGAAAUAUGAUGCAAAAUCAACGAUUUUAAGAUUAUUUUUCAUUUUUUUUUAAAAUAAAUGAAUGAGAAAAGGAAAUUAUUAUUUCUAAAUGUACACACGAACAUUAUAAAUUUACCUUAAUUGGAAUAGAUUUUCGAAUUAUUUAUACACAACAAUGAAAAGAGAGAGAGACAUAUAGAGAGAGUGUGAGAAAAAAAAUGGAAGACGAAAAUGAAAAGAGAUUAAGGACGAUAAAACAAAACACAAAACAAUAUUUUAGUAUAAUAUACUUGGUAGGUUUUAACAAUCUAAAAUAUUUGAUGGCAUUGCAUAUAUAGAAAACUAGCUUUUUAAACGUUAAACACUCACAGAAGAAAAAAGAACCAGCAAUAUAAUGUCGAUAGAUAUGAAAUAUUCAAAAAGAUUCUAUUAUUUUAACGAAAAACAAACUGGAAAUUUUGUAUAAAUAUCUUGUUCCGAUUUAACAUUUUAUAUACAUUGUUCAUGAAAGCGGCUAUUCGUUUGACUACUAAAAUGCGACAGCAAAAACUACUACAAAAAAUAACUAAAUGAAAAUAGGCACCAAAACGUACAUAAAUGAAAACAAAAUAAAUGAAAGUCUUCGCCAUUCAUUUGAAUUCGUUUAAACCAAUUAUUUUUGUCUAUGAGAGAAAUAAAAUUGUAAGAAACC